AUGGCGGGACCUUAUUUAUCUCCUUUACCUGGUGAUUUACUGACGGAAUAUAUGUUUGGUCGUCGAAGACAGCGUCGAAAUAGAACUACGUUUACUCCGCAACAGUUGAGUGAAUUGGAGUCCCUGUUCCAGAAAACGCAUUAUCCCGAUGUCUUUUUGAGGGAGGAAGUUGCUUUGAGGAUUAGUUUAUCGGAGGCCAGAGUUCAGGUUUGGUUCCAGAACCGCAGGGCCAAGUGGCGCAAGCAAGCUCGUCUGCAACUGCUCCAAGAUGCUUGGAGGAUGAGAUGCUUGGGACUUGGAACAUCACCCAUUGGCCUUCCUGGUCACCAGAAACCACCAGAUUCAUCACCAGAGCGGAACGACUCGCCGACUAUGAAGUCACCAGAACCAGAAAACAACGAGCUGAAAUCCCAGACAGAGCAGUACCCCAGCAUGCCAGAACACGCCCCCACUAUACCCUCACAUGACAUCCCUCUUUCGUACUCAAACGAAGAACCAAGAAUGAUGCAACAACCUUUCUUCUCCCCUAUGCUAAUGCCGCCAGUAGACACUGACGUUGUGCCAACAGAUUUACGAUUACCCUCAAAAAACACAAACUGCCAUUGUGCGUCUGUGCCAGAAAUGGACGAGCCACAGAAUUUAGCGUACAGACGAGAAGAGAUGAGUGACAGUGACAGUGAUACAGAAAUAGAUCUUACGUCUCAUUCUAAAGACGACGACUUGAGAGAGUCGGAGCGUCUUGCCAAUCGCAUAGCAACAAGCAUAUUCAGAAGUGAUGCUGUUUUGCACGAUCUAGUACCCAAUGAUCUCAGUAUGGGAACGGCUAAGAGCGUUCCGAAUCAUAGAAAUGUUAUGUAAUUGUGAUGUAUUUCUAGUCAUUUAUUAGUCUUUGUAGGUAAUAUAUUUUUUAUAAGCUAAUGUAGAUAGCAUUGUAGUAACGUAUGAAAAUGGCUGGAUCUUAUAAGCGAUGUUAGUUGUGCAUUGUAAAUAUUGUUAGUUAUGGUUGUUAAUUAUAUUUAAAUGUAAUAUGGAAGUUCUUUUGAAGAUUGUAAGGGCAAAGUACUUAGAGCGCCCGGCCCUGAGUAAGUAGCAUCUU